AUGGCAGCUCGUCCACGUACAGCUCAACCAGUGGCUGUCAACAGCGAGUCUGAGGAUGAAGCCCACGAAGUCAACAACAGCGUCAUGAAAACUGCCGAAAAUAUUGUUAUCAUGAGCAAAAAGCGGCGUGAAGCCAGGCGUCUGACUAUCGACGGCGAGCAUCAGCAAAGCUGCAAAGAGCUCAAGGCCAAGAUUGAAAAUAUAUAUGCGGCUAGGAAGAACAAGACGACCAUGUCUCGCCAGAUGCUACUGGAGAGGCUCGAAACUCUGAAUAACAGACGGGAGAACCUGGAGAAACUCAUCCUUACCAGCGUUAGCCAUAUUGAGCUCCAGACCAAGAACAUAAGUAGCGAGAUAGUGGCCAUGCUACAAGGCCGUCUUGAGGAACUUGAGGAGCUUCCCUCUGGAGCAACUGUGACUGUUUGA